AUGACUGUCUAUAAUCUUCCUGAUGAUAUAACAUUUACGAAAACUAUCAUUACACCAGGUCAUGGGCUCUAUGCGCCCAAUGAAGGGUCUAAUUGUAAAGUAAUUAUUAAAUUUUCACCAACAGAUUAUGUGUUAAAUGAAAAUAAAUAUAACGAUCUUCUUCCAUUGAAUGAAGAAAUAAACAUUCAUCUUGGAUUUUAUUCAACAGUAAUAAGUAAUUAUGUACACAAAUGCUUAGUAACAAUGAAACAAAAUGAGUUAUCUCAAUUAGAUUUUGAUUAUUCUUCUCAUACUGAUGAAAAUCAAACAAUAAAAAUUGUCAUACAUUUAAUUUCAUUUGAACGCUUUCCAGAAAUAUAUUCCAUGUCAAUCGACAAUCUUUAUAAUUUUGCUUUAAAGCAUAAAGAAAAUGCAAAUAAAUUUUUUCAACAUAAAAAUUAUUGUCAAGCUUUUAAACUUUAUCAUCGUUCAUUGUGUUAUGUAUUAAAUUUUAUUAAUGAACAACCAAUAGAUGAACAUAAUGAAAUUUUAGAAAAUUUCAAUCAACUUAUUUUAUCAAUCUAUUCAAAUAUAUCAGCAUGUCAAUUAAUUUAUGGAAAUAACAUAAAUGUUAUUGCAAAUUGUUCAUCAGCACUUGAAAUCAAUCCUAAAUAUGUGAAAGCAUUAUAUCGACGUGGUUGUGCUUAUGCAAAUUUGAAAGAUUAUGAAUUAGCAUUAAAAGAUAUUGAAUUAGCAAAUAAAAUUCAACCACACGAUGAGAAAAUAGAAAAUUUAUUCAAAACAGCAAAACAAAGAUUAGAAGAAUAUAAUAAAACAUUAGGAAACUCAUUAAAACAUUUAUUUUAA